AAAUGGUGUUCCACGCGAGAGGGUUGACAUGCUCAUCAGGUGCGUCCUGGGCGUCCUCUUACAGACGUUCCCACCAAACCGCCUAUGUAGAGAACUCAAGCGCGAAGCAUCGCGCAUUCUGUCGCUCGAACCAAUACUCCGCAGCGAGAUCAGCACGCCAGAAGAUACAGCCGAUUGGACCGCAAUUGACGGUGAUGUCUCAAAGGCCCGCGAGCGCAUCAGGCAGUUCAAGUACGCAGUCCGAGAACCGGCCUUGAAGGAGCACGUCGGAGUUCGGACUGCAGAUGAUCUUGUGCCGCUUAGCUUACAUCGUGUGCUUGAGCAAGAGCUGGACAAGUUGGCAGACGUGGAAGUGAAGGAUUUCCGUACCUGGAGUGACGGGAUGGUGCAGGAAUUGAUCGAUCCAUCGCUAUGUGAGUGUUCGCCCUUUGACGGCAAAGACUGUGUCUAGGGUCGUUCCAGAUCCUUAUGUCCGAGGCGUAACUCGGAUUCUGGGAACCAAUCAUCCUCUCAGCUGUGAAUCCAGAUACAAGACUAUCACCAGCUAUCCUGUGGACGAGGAUUGUGAAUGUACCGUCGCCAAUGAGACCAUACAUGCACUGCUUCCUUCCCUUUUCGCCAUUUCCAAGCAAGGAACAGUCACCAUUGAAUCGCCCAUCAAUGCUCUCGGCCCGCGCUCGCAACAUCCAGCGUUAUACAAGGCGCUCGAAAGAUUAUUCGAGCUCGCCCUUCCACAGAUCGAGGAAUCCAUGUGGUACCAAUGGAAGUACAAGAUGUCCCCCUCUUACCGAAGAUGGGAGGAGCGCGCUGCCGAGCGAGAAAGUUGCGACCUGACAAAGCUGGAAGAAAAGAUAAUCGAACAGAAGAAGGAGAAGCUGCCGGAGGAUGCUGCACGAGUAGAAGAGGAACCUCUUGUGAGAGAGGAAGAAGAGCAAGAGGCACUGGGAAACUCUUUGGGCGGUUUGCGAGGCCGAAGUCGGUUUGCUGGAACAAAGCUCAAGGUCAUCGUGAAGGCUGCCAACUACGUGCUUCGCCCUGGGCAGGAGUACGGGGGCGAGUGGCAACUGGAGGGUCUGCCCCAUGAACACAUCCGGGCUGUUCUAAUCUACCACUACUACAGCAAUGCCUAUUUAGCCGAUGCUGGUCUGUCAUUUCGACGUCUGCGCACUCACGAGGACCAACCAAAUGCUUUCAAGAACGAGGCAUCUGACUUCGAGAUUCGGCAAAACGAGGAUGACGAACCGUUCUUCGACUAUCCAAGUGAUGUAGAAGAUAGGGCAAACUUUCCGUACGACCUGCCGAGGAGCAUUGAGCUUGGAACCGUCCCUGUCACGGGAAUCGCGACAAGCGGCCUAACGACGGGAAGGAUGAUUAGCUUUCCGAAUUGGUUACAACGUAAGGUUGUUAGGCUGAAGAAUACGAGAGUUGAGGGCAACAGCGGUGCAUCUCUCAAAACUCUCUGUUUCUUCGUUGUGAACGAGUUUUGCCCCCAAAUGGACGAGAACGGCAACGAAAGCUUCCCCUGGAUUCACCUACUGCUGUGGAGCACAUAUUGGACCGAACGCACCUCCAGUAUUGACGACUGCGGAUAUCUUGCCUCAGCAACGCUUCCGCAUCUUCCCAUAUGUUUACAAUGCUUUGGAUAUGGCCUGCAGGCGUGCCACCCGAGGCCGUGGUCUUCCUGUGGAGCUUGCCAUUUAUAUCUGCGACAUGGCAGCGAUGGGGAUGACCAAAGCAGAUGCGGAAGAGCACAGGCGAGCAUUGAUACGAGAUCUGAUGACAGAUGAAACUUGGGACGAGCCGUAUGGGCUGACUUAAAAGUAUAUAUGAAACGACAGGAGUAGACU